AUGGAACGAAGUUUCUGCACCUUUGUUGGUGAGGUUGAGUUCACUAAUGGCAAUGAUCUUUCAGGAUCUGCUUUGGGACUAUUACCAUCAGCGCAGAAAGUACAUCUAGCUGCGUCAAACAGUCAUCGGGAUCAGUUACCAUAUUUCAUGAGUAUUUUCCUUCUUGUUAAACCUAUUGCUGUUUAUAUGAUCUCAAAUGAAAGAGAAGGUGAUUUAUAUGGAAAUUUUUGGCGAAUAGCGUCGUUUCUAGAGCCGUCCUUACAAGUUCCUAUGUUGGGAAAACUAUUUGAGAUAUUAAAGUGCAAUUUAACAGACCAAUUAAGCACAAUCUGUAAAACUAAUUUAACCUACCCGCAUACUCACUACUUUACUAAAGUUAACCCGGAUAGUGCUGGUUUUGAGAUGCAACUCGAAAAAUAUUUCUCCACAAAUUGUAUUUUUAAAUCGGCGAACGUUGUAUCCAUGUUUCCAAUUGGCCUAACCCCAGUAACCUCUAACCACUUGUCAUUCAAAUUGUUCCCGCUGGUGCUCACCAACGUAAACAAGCUACAUUCAAAAUUAGCCGAAAUUGUCGACAUACAAUGGGGGAAUUCUUACCUGUACUAUCAAAGUGGUGGCAGUCAUCCACAAGAAAUUUUUAUUAAUGAGCAUUUGCUGAGACCAGGGGGUGCUGCCUUCUUAAGCUUUGAAGAUACAGUGUUUUUCUAUUUUCAUUCUUGUUGUUAUAAAUUACCAUCUCCCAACCGCAUUUCAAACGUAAAAGGAAUAUGUCAGAAAUAUCGAAAGGUGGUAGUUAACAAGAACAGCAAUCAAAUUAACAGUGACAAAUUCAAAGAAUUAUGUGGAUUAUGUCUAGCGGCUACAAAAACAGCAACUUAUGUUAGUAUAAAAUCGGUUAAAAACAAUGCAAAAUGCUUUAAAAUUCAGUACUUUAGCAGGGGCAAAAAUGAUAUAUUUCUAGGCAGAAAACAACUCCCAAUUGAACUUGUUAUUCCCAUUGCGAAUAUAGGAAGAGAAGUGGAUGUCUCCCAAAACGCAUAUUUACCAGGUUCUAUCGAUAUUUCUCAUAAUUAUAUAAAAUUUACUUUUGAUAUUUCACUUUUAGAUCUAGUAAAAUCACAAGGCAAACUGCAGUACCAGACAAAAGUUAUGUCAGCGUUUUGA